AUGAAGCUCACCUUCAAGGAUUUGAAACAACAAAAGUUCACCAUCGAUGCUGAGUCAUCGGAGACGGUCGGACAAGUCAAGGAGAAGAUUUCUACGGAAAAAGGAUGGGAGGUUCCUCAGUUGAAGCUCAUCUAUUCCGGAAAGAUCCUUCAAGAUGACAAGACCGUCGAAUCAUAUAACAUCGAGGAAAAGGGUUUUAUAGUGUGCAUGGUGUCUAAGCCCAAGACCGCUCCUUCCUCCUCCGCCGUUUCUUCUCAAGCACCAUCAACCCCUGCGAGAGCACCCGCUUCAACGCCAGCUGCACCAGCUGCCCCCGCGCCGUCGGCAGCCACCUCGACCCCGGCGGUCCCUGCGACCCCUUCUCCUGCCGGAGCUCCCCCGGCGCCAGCCGAUACCCCGGCCCUCAAUGACCCGUCUGCCCUGCUCAGCGGUUCGCAGAGUGAACCUGUUAUUGCUCAGAUGGAGAGCAUGGGUUUCGCCAGAGAAGACAUUACUCGUGCAAUGAGAGCCGCCUUUUUCAACCCUGAUCGUGCGAUUGAAUAUCUGUUGAGCGGUAUCCCAGAGAACAUUCAAGAGGAACAACAACAAUCCGCUGCGGCCGCCCGUGCCGCCCAGGAACCUGCCGGUGAAACCCCCUCCGCCCCCGCUGCCCCUUCUGGCGAAGACGAGCCCGUCAACCUGUUUGAAGCCGCAGCCCAGGCUGGUAACGAAGGCACACGUGGAUCGCGUGCCGGUGGUGCUGGUACUGGUACUGGUGCUGGUGCUGGUGCUGGUGCUGGUGGCGAAGCGCUUCCGAACCUCGAUUUCCUUCGUAACAACCCUCAUUUCCAACAACUGCGUCAGCUUGUUCAACAGCAGCCUCAGAUGCUCGAGCCCAUUCUUCAGCAGGUCGCCGCUGGUAACCCUCAGAUCGCGCAACUCAUUGGCCAAAACGAAGAGCAAUUCCUCCAGCUGUUGAGUGAAGACGGUGAAGACGUGCUUCCUCCUGGUACACAGACGAUCAGUGUUACGGAAGAGGAGAGAGAUGCUAUUGAGCGCCUUUGCCGUCUUGGCUUCGAGCGGGAUCUGGUCAUCCAAGCCUACUUUGCUUGCGACAAAAACGAAGAGCUUGCCGCCAACUACUUGUUCGAGAACCCCGACGACCCUGAACUAUAA